AACAGAAAUACAAUUGCUAGAGAAAAACAAAAGGGAAGCUGGGCCAAUGAACACAUGAUUUUCAAGGCUUUUCCUAUUCUUCUCUUGGGUGUGUAGUUUUCAUCGACUUCGUCUUCGCCAUGACCACCUCCUCUGCCUCCUCUCGCAAGACGUUAAGCAAGAUAGCAUGCAAUCGACUCCAGAAAGAGUUGUCGGAGUGGCAGGUCAACCCCCCUGCUGGUUUCAAACAUAAAGUCACUGACAAUCUUCAAAGGUGGGUAAUUGAAGUUAAUGGUGCUCCUGGAACUCUGUAUGCUAAUGAAACCUAUCAGCUUCAAGUUGAUUUCCCAGAACAUUAUCCUAUGGAAGCUCCACAGGUGAUUUUUGUGCCACCAGCUCCGCUACAUCCUCAUAUCUAUAGCAAUGGGCACAUUUGCUUAGAUAUUCUGUAUGAUUCAUGGUCUCCUGCCAUGACAGUCAGUUCUAUAUGCAUCAGCAUUCUGUCCAUGCUGUCAAGUUCAACUGUGAAGCAACGCCCUGAAGAUAAUGACCGCUAUGUGAAGAACUGCAGAAACGGUAGAUCUCCCAAGGAAACCAGGUGGUGGUUCCAUGAUGAUAAGGUGUGAAGGGUGUCCAUUUGACCCUUAAGGCAACAUUGUUGCUUUGGCUUAUUUUAAAUCAAAUGCUAAUGGAAAAACAAUUCUACAUAUCCAUGGCCACUGCAAGUGCAUAACCUAUGUGCAGCAAAUUGGCCUUUACUGUCCAAUAUUUGUAAAUGGAGAUGAUUUUCCUUUUGAGCUCCUUGUGCAACAUUAUGUACUCUUAUGAAAAUACACUACAGCCUAAUUGAUACCUCAUGAAGAGUUUUCUUCAGGCAUCUAAA